AUGGCGCGCGUCCAUCCUGAUGGGCAGCAACCGGCCAGGGAGGAGACGGGAUGUUUACCCUGCGGAAAUUGCUUGGUGAUCGUCCCACAGGAUCGCUUCUUUGCCCUGGAACGCUUCGGCAAAUUUCAGGAGAUUCUGGAGCCAGGAUUACGCUGGGCCGGACUGGACCUCUGUGGCGCUUGUGUCAACUUUCGGUCAGUGAGCAGCCGAGUAAUUCAGAGCUUUGUACGAAUCUCCACCAAGACGACGGACAACGUCUUCGUCUUCGUUCACGUGGCCGUGCAGCACACGAUCAGCGCCAAAUCGGCGGAAGCCGCUUUGUACAAAUUGAAUGACAUCAGCGAGCAGCUGGAUUCCUAUGUGUCAGAUGUGGUGAGGUCCUUUGUGCCCAGCCUCACGUUGGAUGAAUGCUUCGAAAAGAAGGACGAGAUCUCCGCGGCUGUAGAGGAGAAGCUGAAAGAUGUCAUGAUCCAAUAUGGGCUGGAGAUCACCAAGGCUUUGGUGGUGAAUGUCGAGCCCGAUGCCAGCGUGGUGAAAUCCAUGAACGAGAUCACCAAGCAACGUCGGCUGCGUGAUGCACAACAGAUGCAGUCCGAAGGGGAACAGGUCCGAACUGUCAAGGCUGCCGAGGCGGCGGCAGAUGCCAAGCAGUUGCAGGGCGAAGGGAUUGCAAGGCAACGGCGCGCCAUCAUCGACGGCAUCCGCGAGUCCAUUACCUUUGGAGUGGAGGAGACCCUUUCAGCAGAUGAGAUCUCACAUUUGCUGGUGGUCACCCAAUGGAUUGGAUUACAGGGUUUCAUCGGUGAGACCAAGAACAUCUUGUCACGCGGAAUCGGAUUGGAAUCCCACCUGACCGAUACAGCAAAGAAACAACACAAGUGUUCUUGUACCUGUAGACUGCCCAAAGCACCAGCUGUUCGGGCUUUGGGAUCCUUGAACGCCAUGUACUUUGGCCGCGUGUGUAAGCUGAAUUACAAUGGUGGCGGCUGCUUGGAGUAUGAAGACCAAUGUGGGAAACGUUGGCAAGUACCUUUUGGGAAGGCAGCUGGCUGUUCGGUUCAAAAGGUCGGACAGAAGGCUUCCUUCUCGCUGAGGGAUGUUGCAGACCAAAGGGAGGCCAUAGAUAUUUCGCCGGCAACCGAGAUGCUUGAUGCGAAUCCCUUGGUUAAAUCAGCUCAACAGGACUCCCUCGACGAUACGUGGAGUGAAAGUCUGUCGCAAAGUCAGUGUCGAAAGCUCCAGCGGAGCAUCGGAAAGUUCCAUAAUGCAGAUACGAAUGAAAGGCUGACAAUGUUGAUGGCAGCUGAAGAUAAACUGCAAGAGUUGUUGCAUUCGAGUGAUGCCGAUGGUGAUGCGAUCUCCAGAUUGGCCGUCAGUUGUGUUGGAUGGCUUCGCGCUCCGUUGUUUCACGGGUCGCAGGGUGCUAAGAAAGUGGAGGAAGGGAUCCAAGAUAGCUCCAAAGCUGCCGACUUGCAAUGGCGUGUGAGGAGGCUGUUGAUUCGAUGCCUACAGUCAUUGGACCUGACGGAUCCAGACACAUCCAAGGCUGUGGCUGCAGCGUUGCAUUUUAUCCGGCAACUGUUGCAGAAGACCCCCUGCACGGAUCAUGCUGUGACAACAUCCAAAGCUGCUAGGCAGUGGAGAGAACUUCAGGCUUUAGUUGCGUCAGCUCAAGACGCUUCACCGCUUGCACGCGGCAGCAAUGGAGGUGCGAUAGAAUCACAAAAUAAGUUGGAGGGCAGAGCUCACUCGGCUGGUGGCAUUUAUCGCCCAAGUCAGAAGGUUCUGGCUUUAUCCAACGUUUUCUGCAGUAACGAGUCACUUCUUGUACGAUGUGGGCAGUGCACUGAGUAUGCCUUCCGCAGUUCAUGGUACUGGCGCCAUCCAGGAAGUGGUAAGAUUCAUGUGCUAGUGCCCCAUUGGGGUCAUAGAGCGUGCAGUGUCCGAUUGGGCAAGAAAUGUCCCUGGCUUAUUGAGGGUGGCACACCACAAAAGAACGAUCGAAUCCAGGACUUAGAGAUGUGCUCACACAAUCGCACCAAGAAAUUCUGCAAGGACUGUAAUACUGGGCAAGUUUGUGUUCACAGUCGUUUGCGUUACAGCUGCAGAUUCUGCAAAGCUGUCGAGAGCACCAAAACAUGCACGCUAAAAGAAAAGCUGCUGCCUGGGGGUGAUUGUUGUGAGGCGUUGUCAGUGCCUUCCCCCCCAAAAAAAAGAACAUUGUUGAAUCAAUAG